GACCCUAAACAAUUCACCGGAGAUAAUACGAAAAUUCUUACUGUAUUUAUAGAUUUUUAAAAGAUUUUAACAAAUGAUUUACAGAUCAUAGUAAAAGAAGAACUAUUUUAUCUCAUGAAGAAUUAAAAAGAAAUGAAAGUGCUCCAUAAUUUUAAAAAAUCAAUUAAUAUUGUAAAAAUAAUCUACAAUCGAUAAAAGAGCACCAUCUCUAGGUAUCAUCUGCGAAAAGUACAAAACAUAUACAAAACAUGGUUAAAAGUUCAACAAAGAAAUCAAAGAAAGGGAUUGAACAUUGUGUACAAAAACCUGCAAUAAAAUCGAAUGAAGGAAAUGAAAGUGAAGAAAGUUUAUUGUGGUGGAUUUCUUUUAUUGGAUGCAUUGCUGCAUCUAUAGCAACACGUUUAUUUAACAUUCAAGUUCCUUCAUGGGUUGUAUGGGAUGAAACUCAUUUUGGUAAAAUGGCAAAUUAUUACGUAAACAGAAAAUUCUUUUUUGACGUGCACCCGCCUCUCGGAAAAAUGCUUAUCGCAUUCUCCGGGUACAUGAGUGGAUACAAUGGUUCAUUUCCGUUCUUAAAACCCGGUGACGAAUACGGCAAUGCGAAAAUUUUAGGCAUGAGAAUCUUUUGCGCAUCACUUGGUUCGGCUCUUCCGCCUUUCGUAUUCCUAAUUACAUGGGAAGUGAGGAAAUCUCUUAUGGCAGCUAUUAUCUCAUCAUUAUUCGUUCUAUUAGAUGUCGGAUGCGUUACAUUAUCACAAUACAUCUUGUUGGAUACUCCAUUAUUAUUUUUCCUAGCGUCUUCCGUACUAUCCUAUCUCAAAUUUAAAUCAUUAGAAACUCGUUCGUACAGCUUUUCCUGGUAUUUCUGGUUAAUAUUAACAGGAUUUUGUUUAUCUUGUACUUUAGGGGUGAAAUUUGUUGGUUUAUUUGUUAUUUUAUACAUAGGAAGUUUAACUGCACUCGAUUUAUACGAAAAGUUAGGCGAUUUAUCAUUAACUAUGCUUCAGUUCUCAAGACAUCUGAUUUGUCGAAUAAUUGGAUUAAUCAUCUGGCCAUUAAUUAUUUAUUUGGUUAUAUUUGCUAUACAUUUUGACUUUUUAUCAAAAAGUGGCCCAGGGGACGGCUAUUAUAGUUCCAGCUUUCAAUCCCAGCUCGAUGGAAAUCCUUUACAUAAUUCAUCAUUGCCUAAAGAGGUGGCUUUCGGAUCUAUCAUUACCAUCAAAUCGAACGUUAUUAGUGGGGGUUAUUUACAUUCUCACGCCCAUUUAUAUCCAGAAGACUACGCCCCUCAUAGACAACAGCAGAUAACCUCAUACUUCCAUAAAGACACAAAUAAUUUCUGGAAGGUUAAGCCAAGCAAUAGAGAAGAAACGGAAGAGCUAGUCAUACUGAAGCACGGUGAUUAUAUUCGUUUGGAACACACAAACACUAGGAGAAAUUUACACAGUCACAAAUUAAAAGCCCCCCUAACUAAAGGGCAUUUUCAAGUUUCAUGCUACGGAAAGGACGGGAAAGGAGAUCCCAACGAUGUCUUCAGGAUAGAAAUUUUAGGAGGAAAGGAGGGAGAUGUUAUCGAGCCUAUAAGAUCAAAAUUUAAACUGACUCAUAUAAACAUUGGCUGUUCUAUGAGUUCACCGAAAAAACAACUUCCUAAAUGGGGUUUCGAACAAGGUGAAGUAACUUGCGCCCCGAAUUACUUACGACCGCGUAAUGUUUGGUGGAAUAUAGAAGAGGUCAAAGAUGAUCGAUUAUCCAAAGUUCAUGUUCAGUCUUUAUCCAUGAACUUCUUCUCAAAGUUUUUUGAGGCUCACCGUGUCAUGAUUGAGGGAAACAGUAGAUUAAUACCAAAGACGGGUGAAAGGACAUCGCGACCAUGGGAAUGGCCGAUUUGCUAUAGAGGCCAGUUGUUCUCUGGUAAAGAAAUUCGAAUCUACUUAUUAGGAAAUCCACUAAUUUGGUGGCUGGAACUGCUUUUACUCUUUUAUCUUCCUUUCUUGACUUUUUAUCAUUUUGUAAGAUUAAAGAGAGGAGUUGAAGAAGAUAAGAUAACGAUCGAAACCCGGAACACGGUUGUUAAAUCUAGCCUUAUAUUAUUCAUUGGAUGGUUUUUACAUUAUUUUCCAUUUUGGACAAUGUCAAGGGUGUUAUAUUAUCAUCAUUAUUUUGCCGCUUUUUUAUUCUCGUCAUCGAUAUCCGGAAUUUUAAUAGACUACGCAAUAGAAGUACUAACGGAAAUGUUUGAUGAAUACAUCAAGGUGUCGUUACGCCACGUUCUUCGUUGUUGCCUAUUGUCUGGUUUGUUUUACAGUUUCUAUCUGUUCUCUCCACUCGCCUACGGAAUGACUGACCCGAGGGCGGAUAACGUUAAUAGUCGUAUAUACGGACUGAAAUGGUUAGACUCGUGGAACAUUUAAUUAUGAAGCAAAACGGCGAAUGAUGGUGCAGGCGUUGACGGAGAUUUCCCGCUAGUUUGUAUUCCUGUCACGAUCACCGGCACCAGCAUUUUUUUCUUCAUGCCUUUGAAUGAAAUAAACUAAAGGAAAAUUGUACAAAUAUAUUUAUAUAUAGGCGAGAAAAUGAGCCGAAGGCAAAACGAACAUUCGGACGAUGAUUGGCAAAAUAUGGCGAAUGUUGAUUUGCCGCAAGCUACAAAAUCUAAUGAAGAAGUUUAGAGCGGCGGUCAGUGCGAUUGAUCAAAGCGUUCAUAACAAAAGGAUGUCAUUGUGCUAUGCUCGUUAUGCCGCUCAUUAGUGAGGCUUUUUCCACAAAGCUGUUUUGUCGUUUUCAAAGUGUUUGCUAAACAUGUUUUUACUCGUCUCUCUAUGUAAUACAUUUGCAGCACAUAUGAAAGCGAUAUAAUUAUUCUUACGUUUCCGCACGCUGCCGUUUUCCAGUCGAAUGACUAUAUAUGUACGGUGUGUCGCUAAUGAUUAGUUAUAACUGGGGUUUUCGCCUAUGUAUCUACUUGUCAGACGGUAAUAAUGACCGGUGCGCUCACAGGAUGCACUGUCGCCACUCUUCCACAAUACAGGACGAAGGCGUGACUACAUACAAGCGUCCCACGAUGCCUGUGACGUCAUUCUGCAAGGGCACGGCGUUUUUUAGCAAAAGUUUUUAUUGAAGAUGUUCACUUAUAACGUGGGAGACCGACCUCCAACAGGGAAAGACUCUUAGCGUUCAAGCUGAGUAUUUGCGAAUCGUCCUUUUUCAAUGUUCAAACAGGCACACAAAUUUCAUUUACUUUAACUCAUGCUGGGCUAAGCACUCUUGUAAGCCGUUAGGGGACGCUGUAUUGAAAUCUCUCCGC